GUGUUUCAUUCGUCGCAUUGUCUCAGUCACGGUUACGGUUACAGUCAGUCUAAGAGAUACAAGGGAGUGCGUAAGACGUGUUGAUAUUGCUCGGUUGUGAACGGUAAACAAAGUCUUAGUACAUUUGAAGAGAUAUUUCAGAAGACAACAAAGAAAAAGAACGCAGAAUAUGCACCGAUUUUCUCUAGCUAUGGAAGAGAGUAUUAAAAAGGGUGGGGAAAUCAACAGUCUUUCGGACUGUGAUUCCCAGCACAGAUAUGAUGACAGAAGAAUGAGGAAGUUGGUCAAAUUGUUCAAGGGCCAUCCAGUCACGGCACAUUCUGGUAUCCAAAAUUUGGCGUCAAGUCCCAAGCUUCAGGGUCUUUCAGCUGUCGGCAAAAUGAUCUCAAUAUUCAGAGCAGCAGAGGGAGGAGACUUGCAAACUGUCAGGAACCUGAUCCAUCAAACUGGGCCAGAAAUCAGGAAAGCCAAGAGCCGUUGCACACUGCUGCAUGUUGCAGCUGCCAAUAACCACAUACAUAUUGUGAAGUUCUUGCUGAAGUACAUAAGUCCUAAUGUGAUCAACAAGAACAAGCAAACCCCUGCUCAUUUGGCAGCCAUGGAAGGAUGCACAGACAUACUGAGAACCCUCCUGACUCAUCCCAGGAUCAUAACAGACAUGAGAGAUGUUUGGCAGAGGACAUACAAAGAUUGGGAUUCAAUGCUUCGAAUCGACCGAGCGGCAGCGGUUGUCCAAUAAUUUGUCAUCCAAGAAACAUUUACCCAGUACAGUCCUUUUAUAUCCCCCAUGAUAUAACAAAAGUGUAAUCCUCAGUGACGGUAAUUUUUGUUAUACAAUAAUGGGGCCAGGAACUAAGGAUUUUGAGUCUGUCGGGUAGAGUUGCAACCACCCAGUAUCCGGGUAAAAAGCAUUUCGUUUGUAAUAAUGCGGUAACUUCUGUUGGCAGGGUCUCUUUUCGAAGCUGUGAUGGCUAGCGACGAGCACCAAACCAGAGAACUUCUAGAACUGGGUGCCAAUCCACACAGCCAUGCGGGCAGCAGCCUAGUGUACUUCCCUGAAGAAGACUUAAACAUCACGACUGCUCAUCAAUUGGCCAUUUUCUUGGGUGAAAAGCCCAUCUUGGACAUGUUCCCAGAGGCACACAGUUGUGAGAAUUUCAGAUGUAUGGGAAAGGAAUGAACAUGACAUGAAGAUAAAAGGUAAUGAGUAUUCAGGUAAAAGAUUGGAAGGGGUACUUUACCAGACGGGCUUUCCGAUUCAGUAUUUAUUUCCUUCAAGUACAAAUGAAUAUUGUGCCAUAAAAACUUUGGAAAAAUCAUGGUUGAAAUGACACCUAUACAUGGAGUAACAACCCCGCAGGUUUGAACCUUCACGUCCAGUGCAGUUCUUCGCUUCUAUCUAGUUGUGCCUAGAAACGAAGCAGCGAGUCCAGAGAGAGAAAAUUCGGGAAUCUGAAGCGUGCUUUGGUGAGACCCAGCUCACACUUGCUGAAAGAACGUUGAAAGUAUGUGGUCAUUUACAGGCAUAAAAAUGACUUACAAGACGUUGAAGAGGCAUGCUAUUGUCAUAUGAAUUAAACCAAAAGGUCAUGAAGGGCGUGUAACCCUGCAGGUCACCAGCCUACAUGAACGCUUGUUAUAAUAUUUGUAUUAAAAAUGUUGUAUCGAGUAUCGAUUGCUAGGAUGACUAAGAUGGGUGACUAAAAUCACAUCAUCAAUGGUCAUCAUCCACGACAAGGAUUUUUAGGAGGGCUGUUUGCAUGUAUGGAGUUGUCAUUGACAGUCACGGUUAGUCAGUACAAGUGGAAAAUUUUUAUUUUGUUAAUACACGUUUUCGUAA